AUGCAGUCGGCUUCACUGGAUAACGAUCUCUUUGAAACUCGUGACGAUGACAACGAUCCUCUCAUUGACUCGGUCUCACGUACAGCACCACAACCUGACAACACCAGCUCUUCACCUUCAACCACAUCGCAGUCUGUAAGGUCGCUUACAUUGUCACCUGAAGAUGAGCGUCGUAUUCGUACAAGCACCAGUAGCAGCAACAACAGCCCAUCAGUACAACGUCGAGUCAAUGACAAUAGUGCAGCAGCUUUACUUGUUCAACAACUUACGAGUAGCACUGCGUUUUAUGAUAUCCCCAUGAACGAUCCGUUUUCCGAACUCGUCGAACGCUAUAUCCCACCUGAUCAACGUCCACAACGUGAAAUGUAUCCAGCUGAAGAAGACCAAGUACCUAACAUGGUGAUGAGCAACAUGUGGCGGUCCGUGGCGCGAUUUGCUAGGCAACAAUUGGUAGUCAACAAAACCAUGGAUAUUGAACGCAUCUUACAAUUAUGGUAUCUUCGGUUACUUGCUCUAUGCAAAUUGGGUCUUUAUCAAUUGGCAUCGGCUGAGCUUGACAAGCUGGGUGAUCUCAAUCGUCCCGAGUUGACAUAUGAAUUUCAUGGUAUGGAUGGGUCGUCAGGAAGCUUGGUUCCUUUUGAAUUGUUCAUUUUAUGGGCGCGUUUACCUGCUUGGCUUAAGCAUCCUUUGAUUUCUCUUGAACGAUUGACCAUGCUUGCUGUUCAAUGCAAAAAGAAAGGGUGGAAGCAACGGCAGGUGCAAGUCUAUCUCGUAUUGGCCACCCAAUUCAUAGAAAUCAAUGAUUAUGCAAGUGCAGCCUCUACCAUGGACAUGGUGCGAAAACAUUUCGAUGCAGAAAACAAUGUUGAUAUUCUCUCAGCCUUGGGUCGACUCUAUUUACAGCUCGGUGAUGUGGAAAGAGCAGAGAAAAUGUAUUCGCAAAUCGAGCAACGACAAGAAAAGACGCCUGCGAUUGAAGAGAUGAUCAAAGUCAAUAGGGCAUUCUUGUGCAUCGCCAAAGGAGAAUGGUCUCAAGCAGCAGAGAUAUUACAAGCGGUGUUGCAAGCGAAUAAGGAUAACCUUUUGGCAAUGAACAAUCUCGCCGUUUGCCAAGUAUACCUCGGUCAGCUAGGAUCGGCACUCGAUUUACUUUCCAUCAUGACCACUGACAACCCCACAUCCGCUGGUACUUGUGCCACAGCAUUGAUGAAUAUAUGCACCCUAUUUGAACUACGAUACGACUCGGCCACGGAGAAGAAGGUGGAGCUCAUGAAGCAAGUCUCACGAUGGGUAGGCGACUCUUUCCAAGUAGAUUGUUUGAAAUUACAAUAA